AUGUAUGGUGUGACGCAUGCAGGCACAAAUGAUAGCUCUAGACACAAUCUGAGUUUGAAGGGCUCUCGAAGGAUGAACGGCGACGCCGAGCCAUUGCUUCGUUUUUCAGAGGCCAAGAAAGUUCUGGGUGAUAUCUAUACCGACUUGGGAAAGCAUGUGGAUGAACUAGAUGAAGUUUACAAAGGUCUUGGUGCUCACACUGGCGGCGGUGGAGAUGCGAAUGACUCAUUGGUUCCUGUUGAACAAGCCGAGGAAAUCGUUCUCUUCCGUGAUUCCAUCAAAACUAUCAUGGAAACAUUCAGACGGGACAACAUGAAAGUCGUUUUCUUCGGAAGAACAAGCAAUGGAAAAAGUACCACGAUCAACGCAAUGCUUCAUGCAAAAAUUCUACCACAAGGAAUGGGCCACACAACAUGCUGCUUUUUACAGGUACAAGGCUGUGAUGAGGAUACCGGUUUCCUUCUACACGAAGAUGAUCCAACUCGCAUACCCAUCAGUCAGCUGGGUAAAAUUGGUCAUGCACUAAGUAGCGACAAUUCCGAUUUGCCAGCUAUGGGUCAAGACUCGUUGCUCCGUGUGUUUUACCCUAAAGGUCAUGGCGAAGGAGAAAACCGUCUGUUACAAAAUGACGUCGUUAUUUUAGACAGCCCUGGUGUCGAUCUGUCGCCUGAGUUCGAUAGUUGGAUCGAUAAACAUUGUUUAGAUGCAGACGUGUUUGUGUUGGUGUUGAAUGCGGAAUCCACACUUACACAGGCGGAGAAAAGUUUCUUCUACCGUGUAGCCAAGAAGCUCAGCAAACCGAACGUUUUUAUUCUGAAUAAUCGCUGGGAUGCAAGUGCGGCAGAGUCAGAACACAUUGAUGAUGUGAAGCAACAGCAUUUGACGCGCUUCCGUCAAUUCCUCGUGAAUGAGCUUGAGGUGGCAACUGAUCGUGAUGUGAAAGACAGGAUUUUCUUUGUCUCUUCGCGAGAGGUACUGGAAUCACGGUUGAAAGCAAGAGGUUUAAUAAAGACGCCGUAUCAAGUUGAUGGCCACCAAGUUAGAGCCAUGGAGUUUCGAGAUGUCAGCUAUCCGAACGAGAAAUUUGAAGCUCAUAAUCGACGAGCAAAUGAGAUAAUAGCGAGAAUGCGAGCGAACGUUGACGUUGUUUAUUCGGCUGCUAAUCGCAACAAAGAAUUUCUCGAAAAAGAGCUGCAAAACAGCACCAUUGUGUUUCAACGAACUGUUCGUAGCGCAACUUCGCGCAUGUCGAACCGAGCUUACCGAGAACAAACCGAGCGUCUCAGAGCUGAAGUCCACUUGAAGGUUUCAGCGGACUUCAGCGAAGAAAUAAUGAGGCUCGAGGCUAUUAUAGACCGCUUCAACAUGCCAUUCAUGGAUACUAGAGAAGGAAUAAUCGAGUACAAACGGGCGUUGGCUGAGUUCACUGAUAAAUGUGUCAGUUCCGAUCUAGAGGCAAGAUGCACUGGUGGAUUGAUGUCACGCAUUUGGAAUCUUGAAAAUGACAUGUUCCAGUACGUAACUCAAAUCCUAGCCGAGCCUUACCAACAUAAACUUGAAGAGGUCUGGAGGUAUCGAGCGCCGUUCAAAUUCAGCAUCUGCGUUGACGCACCUGCGCUUACGAAGGAUUUCCACGAAGACCUAGAAUUUCGUUUUACAUUUGGGUUAUCGGCUAUCAUUCGUCGUAUAAUCGCAUAUAGAUCGGGACAGCCAGUAACUGCUAUCCAAACGAAUCUGUUGACUCCAUUGGCGUUGAGAAAUGCCGGUCGCACCAAUGAAGAUCUGCAUGCUGAAGCUAUGCAUAAGGCUGUUGAAGAAAAUGCGAUGAUGACACAAAUGGUGUUGACGUCGGCCAGCUAUCUGGCUAAUGGAAGUAUCGGGCUGUUGAUUAUUGGUGGAGUCGUGUACAGGGCUGUAGGAUGGAGGGUAAUUGCUGUAACUGCGGCAACAUAUGGAGGUUUAUAUUUGUGGGAGCGUAUGCGUUGGAAUUCUCACGCAAAAGAGCAGCAUCUGAAAGAGCAAUUUCGUGUCCAUCUCGCUGCACGAAUGCAACAAGUUGGAGCAGCUCAUACGACACAUUGUGAAACCCAAGCAAUGCGGGAAAUGGAUCAAGUUUUUGAUGGUCUUCGAGCAACUGUUGCUGGUGUGCACAGAGAAAUGAAGGAAGAGUUGGACAAAAGUAAAAAAGAAAUCGAGAAAGUAGAUAGCACGCUGAAGAGCCUUCUUACAGUCAAAGGGAAAGCAGCUUUUCUUCUUCGAAGUUUGGAGCAGUUCUCUUCGACUUUUUUGCGAACGGAUUCUCCAUCACCUUAG